AUGUCAUAUUCUUCAUCUUCUGAAGAAUUUCAAACUAUUUUUGAUACCGCUAUUGCGUGUGUUCAAAUGGUGGAACAAACAUACAUCGUUGUAUGUAACAACGCAGCUGCAAGUUCUCAACGGAGAACACGAAGAUAUAUUUGCAGAAAACAUGAAGAAGCCAACCAACGUUUGGUGCAAGACUAUUUUGCAGAGAAUGCCAUUUAUCAAGGGUAUUAUUUUCAUAGGCGCUUCAGAAUGUUCAAAGGUUUAUUCGAACGUAUAGUUGAAGAUGUAACAAGGGAGUGCAAUUUUUUCCAACAACGCUACGAUGCUAGAGGUACACCCGGUUUCACUCCCUUACAAAAAUGCACGGCCGCACUUCGUCAGUUAGCAUAUGGCAUUCCGCCUGAUGCGUUAGACGAAAGUUUUAGGAUGUCUGCUAGGAUCGCACGAGAUGGUCUCCAUUUUUUCUGCAAAACUGUGAUUUAG